AUGGCGCCUCGUGGACCCGGUCGGGGACGUGAGAGAGAUCGUACUAGUACACAGGAACCGGAAAUCAACCCGAAUAACCCGGUAAACCUUAUGGCGACGUUGGAGAAUAUGGCUGCUGCUAUGCAGGCCAAUGCGGAGGCCCUUGGGCAACAGAUAAACAAUAAUGGCAAUGGUGGAAGGGAAGCUCAGGGCCCGAUGACACCGGCUAUGGAGCGAGCGUUGCAAGCGCAAUUAGUACCCGAGGAGCAGUGUGUUGAAUUUGCUACCUAUCUGCUCACGGGGGAAGCAUCGCAUUUGUGGCAAGGGGCUCGACGUCUCCUACAACAGAGGAAUGAUCUUAUCACUUGGGAUGCCUUCCAGGUGGAAUUCUAUAAGAAGUACUUUCCAAAUUCCGCCAGGACAGCCAGGGAAUUGGAGUUACUACAGUUGAAGCAAGGUGCUAUGUCUGUAUCUGAGUAUACAGACAAAUUUGAGGAGCUAUUCAGGUUUUUCUGCAUGUGUCAGGGAGCUUCGGGAGACUUCGAGGAAUGGAAAUGCAUUAAGUAUGAAGGAGGGCUCCGGAGCGACAUCUUGAGUUCAGUGGGACCAAUGGAGAUCCGAACUUUUUCAGAGUUGGUGAAUAAGAGCAGAAUUGCUGAAGAGUGUGUGAAGAGGAUGGUUGCAGAGAAAGGAAGUCAUAGAGAGCAUAGCCAAGGAUUUGCACCAAGGGGUCGAGAGUUUAAGGAAAGAGGAUACAUACAACACUUUCCCCAAGGACGGAAUAACUUUGCAACGAGUAAGGAGUCCCAAAGAAACGGUAAGGGAAAGCGAACAGUGACUUCUUCUGAUGUUUCGAGCUGUCAAAGAUGUGGAAGUCAUCACCCAAAUAGGCCGUGCCGAUUGGGGUUAGGUGUAUGUUACAAGUGCGGGUUACCAGGGCAUGUAUCAAGAAAUUGCCAACAAGAAGAGAGUCUGGAUGCGGGCCGAUUGCGACAGUAA